CAAGGUCCUAUAGACGCGGAAUUAUAUACAAUGGAUCUGCCGACCAAAAAAUUUGAACAAAAAUGUGUCCAAACUCCGGACCCAUUUAGUAACGAAAACUCUAAAAUAAAUAUCAUAACCGGGAAGGCGUUGCUGUGCAAACCUACUCAAUCAAAAUCAAUUUGCGGAAAAUGUUCUAUACCUCGUGCCAACGAAUAUUCCGUUUUUACUAAGAGCCAUUAAAAUCAAUCAAAAUUCAAACAAUUCUGAAGUAUUCGCAAACAAAAGAAACCCUUCAACUUAUACCUUUAAAUUAACCUACUAUCAAGUUUUAUUACGCAUAGGUCUUUGUGAUGGCAGACCUCAACCUUUUCCGAUCAAUGGGUAUUCAUCCAUUCGAUCAACUAAUACUCCAAUUAAAGAAAAUUAUACUAAUAAGCAAUUUUCGCCCAUGUCUCCUAGUUCUACAAGAAAUGAUCGAGUGAAUACCGAAGAUAAUGGAGAUGAAGAUCCUUCAGAGUCAGAUCUCGACAAUUAUACCCGAAAUCUUAUCAUAAAUAAGGUAUGUGGAAUACCUCCUAUAUACCGGAAAAAUAAUAAAAUAACGGGUAGGGUAGUUCAGACUCGGCCUCAUGAAUACAGAAUCAAAGGUGGAAUGGUAGUCAAACCUAAUUCGUGGCCCUGGCAAGUAGCGGUAUAUAGUCAGAUUAAUAAAUUUCUGUGUGGAGGUACUAUAAUAUAUCCUGGAGUAAUUCUUACGGCAGCUCAUUGUUUCUUAAAUUCGAGAACAAGCAGGGAUUUGAAUGAUCUUAGGGUACGAGCCGGUAAACAUAAUGUUUCGAUUGAAAAGGAAAAGACUCAACAAACCCGAAGAGUCGAUAAAUUCAUUCCUCAUGAAGAUUUUAAAUUUGACGCAAUAGAUUACAAGAAUGAUAUCGCCCUUUUAAUAUUGAGGAAACCAUUAAAAUUCAAUAAAAAUACGAUAAAUAUAUGCCUUAACGAUGGAUUUUACCCCGUGGAUGAAAAAAGGCCAGAUUGCUAUGUCAUCGGUUGGGGUGAGGACAACGUUGUUUUAAAUCAAUUGAAGGUGCCUCUAGUCACACUGAAGGUAUGUAACUCUCGAAAAUAUAUGAACAACAAAAUAGUGAAUGGUAUGCUGUGCGCGGGCUAUGUAGAUGGUGGCAAAGACUCAUGUGCGGGAGAUAGCGGAGGCCCAUUACAAUGUUUUAAUGAAAUGGAUCAAAAGUGGUACAUAACUGGAAUAGUGAGCUGGGGUGAAUCUUGCGCUUUACCUAACAGAUUAGGUGUCUACACCAAUGUUAAAGAAUAUCUGCCCUGGAUUCAGCGCAAAUUAAGGAAUGCCAAUUUGGCUGAGAAUUAUUUUAUUCCAAAAUUAUAA